AUGACAGAGGUCAGAAAGAGGUUCAUCUAUUCAAUCAUGACGGAAGCAAAUGGCACCGUAGCCUUUGGCGCUGAAAUGCGCAAGCUCUUCAACUUUGCAGACAGUUACACGCCGCUUAAUCAUGGGGCGUACGGCACAUUCCCUCGCGCCAUUCUCGAGAAGCAGCAAGAUUUCCAACGGCAGUAUGAAGCCCGGCCCUCCGUCUUCGAAACACACACCUACCCGGAGCUCCUGAAGGAGUCCCGGGCUGCAAUUGCUCCUCUGCUCGGCGCAGAAGUGGGCGAUGUCGGAUUCGUCCGGAACGCCUCCACGGGCACGAGUUUGAUGCUAGGGAACUUAAAGUACGAAGAGGGUGAUGUCAUUCUUCAUUUGGACACGCUGUAUGGAGCAUGUGUGAAGAGUAUACAAUUCCUCGAAGAGACAACCGUUGUCAAGAGGAAACCUAUCAACGUUACCCUGCCUGCCACAUUUGAAGUCAUUGUGCAGGCAUUCAAGGACGCAAUUCGAGAGGUGAAGGAUGCCGGCCUGAAUCCCAAGGUGGCAGUGUUUGAUACAAUUGUGUCUCAGCCCGGAUUUAAACUUCCCUGGGAAGACUUGGUCAAACUGUGUCGCGACAAUGGCAUCCUCUCUGCCGUGGACGCGGCGCAUGCGGUUGGGCACAUCGACAUGACACACACGGCAGAGGUCAGCCCCGACUUUCUGGUCAGUAAUUGCCACAAGUGGCUCUAUGUGCCUCGAGGAUGCGGAGUGCUCUACGUGCCAGCCCGUAACCACCAUCUGCUUCGCACGACGUUUCCUACCUCGUGGGGCUUCCUUGACGCAGAUGCUCGCGCAAAGAAAGAGCCUUCCAAUUACUUUGUUGACUUACUUCAAUUUGUUUCGACAACCGACAACAGUGCGUAUCUUUGCAUCCCUGAAGCAAUCAAAUGGAGGCAGGAGGUCUGUGGUGGUGAGCAGAAGAUUAGGGAGUACUGCCACCAGCUGGCUCGCCAAGGCGGCAAACGCAUGGCAGAGAUCCUGGGCACCGAAACGAUGGUAAAAGACCCAUCGCCUGCCACAGAUACCUGUUUUGCCAUGGUGCGGCUGCCAGUGAAGCUUGGCGAUGGGGAGGCUGAGCAUGGGGAAACAAUAGCAUCGUGGAUCCACGAAACUGCGAUCAAGGAGUCUGACACGUACAUUCCCGUGAGGUUCUAUGCGGGUAAUUUCUGGGUGCGGAUCAGCGCGCAGAUAUAUCUGACCAUGGAGAACUUCGAGUGGGCUGCACAUGUCCUAUUGAAGCUCUCUGAGCGGGCGAGUAGCUCGGCUUGGCAGACGGAUGUUGCGUAG